AUGCCUCCUGUAAGCACCCCGACCCCAAGGCCCGUUGUCGCCAUCGCCGCCUCCCCCGACUUGCCUCGGUCCCACGAUCUGUCGCGCAUGACGACUAACCGCGUAGAUAGACCCGUCAUUGUCGCCGAGGACAUGAUUGGUGUUGCUAUGUACGAGUUGGUUAGAGUCAGUCACGAUAACCUAGUCGGUGAAGUCAUUCGAAUCAACGGCGACCAAGCAACCAUCCAGGUCUACGAGGAGACUGCUGGUGUCACUGUCGGUGACCCCGUCUACCGCACCGGAAAGCCCCUCUCCGUCGAGCUCGGCCCCGGUCUGCUCAACGGUAUUUACGAUGGUAUCCAAAGACCUCUCGAGAAGAUCAGCGAAAUGUCGAAGACCAUUUACAUCCCCCGCGGUAUCGCCGUCCCUGCCCUCGACCGUAAUAAGAAGUGGGAUUUCGAGCCCACCGCAAAGGUUGGCGACCACAUCUCAGGCGGUGACGUCUGGGGUACUGUCAACGAGAACUCGUUCAUUUCCGUCCACCGAAUCCUGCUCCCUCCUCGCGCCCGCGGUACCAUUACCAAGAUCGCCAGUAAGGGACAGUACACCGUUGCCGAGCCCCUUCUCGAGGUCGAGUUCGACGGAAAGAAGACCGAGUACCCCAUGAUGCAGACCUGGCCUGUGCGAGUUCCCCGCCCUACCACCGAGAAGCUCCAGGCGAACGAGCCCUUCAUCGUCGGUCAGAGAGUGCUGGACGCCCUUUUCCCCAGUGUUCAGGGUGGUACCGUCGCCAUUCCUGGUGCUUUCGGCUGUGGCAAGACCGUCAUUAGUCAAUCUGUGUCCAAGUUCUCCAACUCCGAUGUCAUCGUCUACGUCGGUUGUGGUGAGCGCGGAAACGAGAUGGCCGAAGUCUUGAAGGAUUUCCCCGAGCUUACCAUCGACGUUGACGGUCGCAAGGAGCCUAUCAUGAAGCGUACCACCCUCAUCGCCAACACCUCCAACAUGCCCGUCGCUGCUCGUGAGGCCUCUAUUUACACUGGUAUCACGGUCGCCGAGUACUUCCGUGACCAGGGUCUCGACGUUGCCAUGAUGGCUGACUCUUCUUCGCGCUGGGCUGAGGCUCUUCGUGAGAUUUCUGGUCGUUUGGGAGAAAUGCCUGCUGAUCAAGGUUUCCCCGCCUACCUCGGUGCCAAGCUUGCCUCUUUCUACGAGCGUGCCGGUCGCGUUGUGUCUCUUGGUUCACCCGAGCGAAACGGCAGUGUCAGCAUUGUCGGUGCCGUCAGUCCCCCUGGUGGUGAUUUCUCCGAUCCCGUUACUACUUCAACUCUCGGUAUCGUACAGGUCUUCUGGGGUCUCGACAAGAAGCUCGCCCAGCGCAAGCACUUCCCCUCCAUCAACACUUCGCUCAGUUACUCCAAGUACACCAUGGUCCUCGACAAGUGGUAUGAGAAGGAUUACCCCGACUUCCCCCGUCUCCGUGACCGCAUCAGACAGCUCUUGUCCGACUCUGAGGAGCUUGACCAGGUCGUGCAGCUGGUCGGAAAGAGUGCGCUGUCUGAUCCCGACAAAAUCACUCUGGAUAUCGCCGCGCUUCUGAAGGAAGAUUUCCUGCAGCAGAACGGUUACUCAGACUACGACCAGUUCUGCCCGCUGUGGAAGACGGAGUGGAUGAUGAAGCUCAUGGUUGGCUUCCACGACGAGGCACAAAAGGCCAUUGCUCAAGGCCAGAGCUGGGCCAAGGUCCGUGAGGCCACUGGUGACUUGCAGGCCAAGCUGCGUCAACUCAAGUUCGAGGUUCCCUCCGAGGGCCAGGAGGCUAUCGAGAAGAAGUACGAGGAUAUUCAGCAGCAGAUGCUGGACAAGUUUGCCUCUGUUGUUGACGAGUAA